AUGCCAGCACAAAUCGAACUUUUACGUCGUGAAAAACAACAAUCAAAUCCAAAUACAACAACAACAACAAAUAAAUCUUUAUUUGGACCACCAAAAGCAAAAGAAAUACGUGAAAUAAUAUCAAAAUGUCAAAUAUUAUGUAUGACUUGUUCAGAUGUUGGAAUAUUGGUACUUGGUUUUAAAUUUCCAUUUAUUUUAAUUGAUGAAGCAUCACAAAUAACAGAACCCAAUAUUGUUAUUUCAUUAGUUCGAAUAACAGAUCAAAUUGUUCUCUUACCACCGAUUAUAAAAAUGGCUGAAGCAAAACCAUUAUUAGAACAAUCAUUUUUUCAACGUUUAUUAGAAAAUAUAAAUAUAAACUCAAUUAUGUUAGAUACUCAAUAUCGUAUGCAUCCAUCAUUAAUUGAUUUUCCAUCAAAGGUAUUCUAUGAUGGUUCAUUAAAAACCGGUAUCAAACCUGAACAACGACCAACACCACAAGAAAUUAAAUUUAUUAAUAAACAAAUUCCAUUAAUGUUUGUUGAUGUUGAUCAAAGUUAUGAAACAAUUCAUGGAUCGAGUAUUUAUAAUAGACAACAAGUUGAAUUAAUUUGUCAAACAAUUCAAACAUUAUUACCACGUCGUCAACCAAAUUUAUCACCAUAA